GCGGAGCUCGAGCAGCAACUCGACGGACUGGUCGCGCACCGAGUGGGCGAGUGGAGGGGAUUGAUUGGCAACGCGGCGCAACGCGGCCAGUGGACACGCGCCUCGCGCAAACAGCAGCUAGCGCGCUAGCCCGCUAGCCAGUCACCUGUGGCCGCCCCGCUAGUGCACAUCUAUGGCCCCGACGGUCACCUCGGCUGGGGACCGCGCGAGGAGUCAUCUCCGGGACCUCCGGGACGGGCUUGAUGGAGAAAUGGCUGACUGAGCGACGCCUGUGGCUGUUCGGCAACCACCUGCCGCUGCUGCCGCGCAGGCCGCGCGCUCCGGCGCGCACCAUGGAGCGCUACGAGAAGCUGGCCAAGCUGGGCGAGGGCAGCUACGGCGUCGUCUUCAAGUGCCGCCACCGCGACACCGGCCAGACCGUCGCCAUCAAGAAGUUCGUCGAGUCCGAGGAGGACCCCCUGAUCCGCAAGAUCGCGCUACGCGAGAUAAGACUGCUCAAGAACCUCAAGCACCCGAACCUAGUAAACCUCCUGGAAGUAUUCCGACGGAAAAGAAAGCUGCACCUCGUGUUCGAGUUCUGCGACCACACCGUCCUAGACGAGCUCCAGAAAUACCCUCAGGGCUGCCCCGAGGCCUUGACGCAGAGCCUGGUCUGGCAGACGCUGCAAGGCGUGGCCUACUGCCACCAGCACGGCUGCAUCCACAGGGACGUCAAGCCCGAGAACAUCCUGCUCACGGCCAACGGCGUCGUCAAGCUCUGCGACUUCGGCUUCGCGCGCAUGAUGAGCCCGGGCGAGAACUACACCGACUACGUGGCCACCCGGUGGUACCGCGCCCCCGAGCUGCUAGUCGGCGACACCCAGUACGGUCCCCCGGUGGACGUGUGGGCCGUGGGCUGCGUGUUCGCCGAGCUCGUCCGCGGGGAGGCCCUGUGGCCGGGCGCCUCCGACGUGGACCAGCUGUUCCUCAUCCGCAAGAACCUGGGCGACCUGUCCCCGCGACACAUGCAGGUGUUCCGCGCCAACGAGUUCUUCAGGGGCGUCACGCUGCCGCAGCCCGACUUCGUGGAGCCGCUGGAGAACCGCCUGCCCAAGCAGGCCGGCGCCAUGGCCAUCGACUUCCUCAAGCGCUGUGUGGACAAGGAGCCGGACCGAAGGUGGACGUGCGAGCGCCUGCUGCGGCACGUGUACUUCCACAACUUCCACUGCCCCCUGCCGGCCGAGGAGCUGCGGGAGUUCGAGAAGCUCAAGCUGCUGCGAGACCGGAGUCGAAACUCGACCACGAGCACGGCCUCCACCAUGCUGCCCCACCUGGCCAGCAGCACUCAGAGCAGCACGAGCGCCACCUCACCAGAGCAGAGCAGCAGCCAGUCGCUUGCCCAGGGGGACCACCUGCCCGUCAUCUGACCAACAGAAAGGCAGCCAACAGUGUCUGGCCUGGCGCAGAACUAAUUUCGAGCCUGUGAUACAUAUGUCAGCGGUCCGAGGGGGAUAGAACAAAGAGCUGUACAGAAAAUAAAUAUUUAUUUUUAUGGCGACAUGUCAAAA